CAGCCGCAGUACCCGCCAGUUUCUCACUCGCGCGUAAACGAAGCUGCUCCAAAGCUUCCUUCUCGAACGUUCUUACCUCAGAGCUGUAAAGGAAAGGACUUCGAGAGUGAGAGGCUGCCAAACCUCGCCGAAACCCGUUCCCACACGUCUCUGAUUUGCUGCUUGAAUCUCAGAUCCGUUGGGCGAUCGUAGCGUAGAUAAGGGAAGGCUGGUUGCAGCUUGGCAUGCGGGGCCACCAAUGCGAAGCUUUCUCGAUAUACAAUCGGUUGUCAUCGAGAGACCAUUCAAAUACCAUUGACAUGGAUACAAAAGAGUUGACGGAUCCUCUUGACGUGGAAGAAAAUUCAGCUCUUUUACAGAAAAGUACAGUUCCAGAACUUUCAAACCCCUCAUGGAAGCGGUCUUUUCCCCAUGUACUUGUGGCAACUCUAUCUUCAUUCUUGUUUGGCUACCAUCUCGGGGUAGUUAAUGAACCUCUUGAAAGCAUAUCUAAAGAUCUUGGUUUCAAGGGAAAUACCUUGGCAGAAGGUUUGGUGGUGAGUACCUGUUUGGGAGGUGCCUUUAUUGGAUCUUUAUUCAGUGGAUGGUUAGCCGAUGGAGUAGGACGUCGUAGGGCUUUUCAACUGUGUGCAUUGCCCAUGAUAAUUGGUGCUGCUAUGAGUGCAUCAACCAAAACUCUUGCUGGUAUGCUUAUAGGAAGGUUAUUUGUUGGGACUGGUAUGGGUCUGGGCCCUCCUGUUGCCUCUCUUUAUGUGACAGAGGUUUCUCCUGCGUUUGUGAGGGGUACCUAUGGCAGUUUCAUCCAGAUUGCAACAUGCCUGGGGAUUAUGGGGGCUCUUUUUGUGGGAAUCCCUGUUAAAGAAAUUGCUGGCUGGUGGCGUGUUUGUUUUUGGGUAUCUCUAAUCCCAGCGGUAAUACUGGCUCUUGCCAUGUUAUUCUGUGCUGAGAGUCCACAUUGGCUACAUAAGCAAGGAAGAACUUCUGAGGCAGAAGCUCAAUUUGAGAAACUCCUUGGUGGAUCACAUGUCAAAACUGCCAUGGCAGAUUUAGCCAAGUUGGACAGGGGAGAUGAGACAGAUACUGUAAACCUUUCAGAGUUGUUCUAUGGCCGCCAUUUUAGAGUGGUUUUUAUUGGGUCAACCUUAUUUGCUUUACAACAGUUAUCUGGUAUAAAUGCUGUCUUUUAUUUCUCCUCCGCUGUAUUUAAAAGUGCCGGAGUACCAUCAGGCCUUGCAAAUGCCUUUGUAGGAAUCGCAAAUUUGUCAGGAUCCUUGGUUGCAAUGCUUUUGAUGGAUAAAGUAGGGAGGAAGCUGCUACUCUUAUGGAGCUUCUUUGGCAUGGCAAUGUCAAUGGUUCUUCAAGUUGCUGCAGCAAGCUUUAAUUCAUCAGCAUCUGGAUCACUGUACCUAUCUGUUGGUGGAAUGCUUAUGUUCGUCCUAACAUUUGCUCUAGGAGCUGGUCCAGUUCCAGGUCUCCUUUUACCAGAAAUAUUCCCCAGCCGUAUUAGGGCUAAAGCAAUGGCCUUCUGUAUGUCAGUGCAUUGGGUGAUAAAUUUCUUUGUGGGAUUGCUAUUCUUGCAACUGCUUGAACAACUUGGUCCGCAGCUUCUGUACUCUAUAUUUGGCACCUUUUGCAUGAUGGCUGUGGUUUUCGUGAAGCGAAAUGUGAUCGAAACAAAAGGAAAAUCGCUCCAAGAAAUCGAGAUAGCGCUCCUUCCACAAGAAUAGAGUUAUAUGCUUCUAAUAUGAGAGCAGUGUUUGCUGCUGGAAGCCUACCAGUUGCGAGUUACUGCUGAAAAUGGUACUUUUUAGAAUAGAUAGAACUUUCCACGGAAGGGGGGAAAGAGUAAAAAUCAAACAAGCAAAUCGUUCAGAUUCUCAUCCGGUGAAAUUUCGGUGAACUUGUAAGUGUCUUUAUCCAGGUACGACAGAGACAAUCAUAGUCGUAUAGACGUAGUGGAGGCACAACUACGUAUCUGUAUUUGUUUAAACUAUAAAUGUACCUUGAGAAUGAAUGAUAAAUUUGAGGCUUAGCUCUA